AUGGCGACGAAUGCGCCCCUUUUCACUGCUGUCUCUUCAUCAGCCCGUCAGAUUCUCCUGCUACUCAGAUGCAUCUCUUUUGCCAAGAAGGCUCACGUUAGCAUCUCAUCCAAUGGAAUGCGAUUCAGCACCGAAGACGGGAGCAUCAUGGAAGCCUUCAUCUUCCUCGACAAGGCUCUAUUCACGUCUUACAAGUACAACGUGCCAGACCAAGACUCCGAAGAGGCAUCAUCAUCGCUUCCUCCUUUCGAAGUCAACUUGAUGUCCCUGUUGGAGACGCUCAACAUUUUCAGCAUAUCUGAUCCGAGCACCUCGAAGCGGCCCGGCGAAUAUGAUUCAUUCGCCGCUCACCGCCUCAACCGGCAUGCUGGCAUCAAUGCUUUCUCCAACCAAGCUCUUGGUGUGACGGGCAUCUGUACCUUUUCAUACGACGGCGAAGGCAGCCCUCUCAGCAUCCACAUGUCCGAAGCAGGAGUAACGACCACUUGCGAUCUUACAACAUAUGAAGCAGAUUCUGCCGAAGAGAUUCCUUUCAACCGCGAUGGGAUCAUUAUGAGAACAGUCAUGCGCUCGAGCUUCUUCUUAGAUGCCAUCGCAGAGCUGAGUUCGAUGAGUCCGACCAAUCUCACGGUCACAGCGUCACCAACGUCGCGAACUGGGACCAACCUCUCCUUCUCGGCAAGCGGCGCGCUCGGAUCAGCGACGGUGGACUUCACCACGGAGGCAGACUCUGAGACUCCGGUUCUGGAAACGUUCCAAUGCAACGAUAAGACGUCUGCGAGCUUCAAAUUCGGUCUCAUCAAAGCGGCCCAAAGAGCAAUGUCUUCUGCAACGAAAGUGUCACUUCGACUGGACGAUGAAGGUGUGCUCAGUAUGCAGUACUUGGUGGAAGUAGACGUGCCGGGCGCCGACAAUGGUGUUGCUUUCGUAGACUUCCGGGUUGUGCCUUUGGUGGAAGGGGAGGACGAGAAUGGUGACACGGCGAGUGAUGCCUCUUCGUAG